ACACCUGCUAGGAGCAUGACUACGGUGCAGUUGCUGUAGCAUCAUGCCUCUUCUGGGCUGCUCAACCAAGGUAGUCCCAAGGUAGGCCUGGCACGGCCCCAGCCUCCACGUUGGAAAAAGUCUCGCAUCCUACAUCCCGAGGUCUGAAGGAGCAACCGGAAUCUUCGCCCCCCCUUUGCUGCCAAUGCCUGCGCCCUCUGCCUCUGGUUAGGACGGACUCUGUUACCCGGGCUGCCGCCUCUCCGUACUUAGUUAAACGAAACAGAAAACUCUUCCUCCCAACCUGAGCUCUCUCUCCCUCCUUCUCUCCUUCCAUUUGCUCAGCUACUCUCCCACACAGCCCUGAAAAUCUCUACUCCACCUCGAGGUCUUCGUCUCACUCUCACUCUCACACCUUCACACUCCUCCUCCUCCCUCCGCCCCACUAUCACCACAACACAAUGGCUGCUUCCGCACGCAUGAUUGCCCCCAAGAUGGCCUCCAUGAUGGCCUCUACCACCGUCAAGGCCGCCCGCCCCAUGGUCCGCGCCAACGUUCAGACUCAGGUCUCUCAACGUGCCUUCUCCGGUGUCCGCGCCAACGCCUUCCAGACCAUCAAGCGUCAGCAAGCCUCCAGCAUCCUCAAUGCCACCACCCGCAGCGUCAUGGGCCGCCAGACUGUCCGCCCAUACUCCUCUGAGAUCGCCAACGCCAUGGUCCAAGUCUCCCAGAACCUGGGUAUGGGUUCCGCCGCCAUCGGAUUGGGAGGUGCUGGUAUCGGUAUCGGUAUGGUCUUCGCCUCUCUCUUGACCGCCGUCGCUCGCAACCCCAGCAUGCGUGCUCAACUUUUCUCUUACGCCAUUUUGGGUUUCGCCUUCGUUGAGGCCAUCGGUCUGUUCGACCUCAUGGUUUCCAUGAUGUGCAAGUACGUGUAAAUUAGCUAGUGGUUGGCCGCCUCGCUGUCGGUGUGUGUGUUGCAUAGCAAGGAGUCGGAAAAGCAGAAGGGGUCGAUCGAGUACAGAGAGUAUAGGCAGACGGAUAGACCGGUUGGGCUGUAUUAUAUUAUCUUGUAUCGAUCCGACACUACUCUCUAAAAAACCUUAUAUUCAUCAUCAUACCUUUACGUGCAUGCCCACGCAUGAAAUGCUCCCA